CGAACAAAUUGAACUAAUACGUGGUAUAUCCCAAUGGAGGCCUCACCGCCCCACUGGCUUUCAGAUCUGUGACACAUUCACCAGCAAAUUUCUACGUUGGCGAUUGGUGGAUCAAAAGAAUAAUGAACACGCCAGCUGCUAAGCGGCGACGCAUCGAGGCGACCAAGACGCUUAGGAAGCCGUUCCGGUCACCACUCAUAUCUCGGAGGGGCGGUGACAAGGAAGAAGCCAAGACCACCGGUUCCGAGGGGGAGGGCGAGGAAGGCCAAUCAUCCAAGGACGCCGCGGCUACGAACAACAGGACCAACACGACUACAGCAGCAGCAGCAUCGUCGGUCGGCGCAGCAUCAUCACCGUCGCCACUGCGCACCAAGGUUCCCAGGAGGUCGGUCAAUACCCGGCAACCGUUCAAGUCGCCACGGGACUAGCAAGGCGGGGCCUUCGUCGCAAGUCGCGGCUGGAGCAGCAGUUCGGCCGUCUGACGAGCAGCUAAAAAGAGCAAACGGCGACGCAGCGGGUGCUGCCGCGGAUGGUGACGAUGAACUGCGGCAUCUGAUCGCCAAGUGGAAGGCGGCGAGCCGACUAGCUGCGGAGAUGGUGUUUGAUAUUGCAAAACAGAGGGUCGACAGGUAAGUGAUUUUUUUAUAUUUUUUGUUUUUUUGUUUUGUUUUUUUAUUUUUGCACGGCGGGGCCUAUUUUCUACCAUGAGUACUACUAUGGUGUUUUAGUCGUUUAAGCUUUUUUUUUUCCCCUUUUUUUCUUUUCUCCGCUUGCUGCUUGGCCCGUGAUUAAUCGCUUAUUGCCCCCGAGCGUUUGUGCUUGGGGGAUUUGGGACAAGCUGCAGCGCGGGCGGACCUAAAGCCUGGAGACAACAGCAGAAAAGUUGGGACGAGCCGGCGUCGGGAACGAAAGGAUCCGACGAUGGAGAAGGGCGAGAACUAGGGGGUGAGAAUUACAUGUAUGAUCACUAUGGAAGCAGCUGCGACGACAACCAGCGUGUUUCCGAUGACGAUUAUGAACCAGCUUUUACUAUUGGCACGAUGCUCAAGACUAUGAACAUUGACCCUGCCAUGCUCGGAUACAACGAACACGAGGAUGCGUGGAUUGACUAAGUUCUAUCGAGGUUGGGCUAUUUCUAGAUCAAAAUGGUCCGGGGAAAGCUUGUCAACGCCCAGUGUCAGAAUACAGUAUCACUACUUACAGUAGUAUACUUUUUCAAGUGCCUUGUCUUGCUUGUCAUGGAUGUCAGAUUCAAUCAUGACAAAAGGGGAGGCGGGGCCCUUGUGAGGUAUCCAUAAUUCCCGGGAGCCAUCAAAGCUUGGCAUACGCUAAAUAGCCCGCCCAUUUGUUUGUUCAAACUGAGAUAUGCAGGAACAUGCCAAGGUCCACCAACAGCGCCUCGACAAGAAGUUGUACUCUCUCUGUGCUCCUUCGCACACUGAAAGGGUAUCAUCACUCCCUUCUUCCUUGUCGACAAAUAUCUAAACAUAUCCCACAUAAUGUCCGAAACAAUCAUUUUCACUCCACUACCCUCUGCAACGGGGACACCACCGCCCGGCUGGGUGGAGGAGAAUGGUAGAUUCAUUCCCUUUUGGUACAGCAAAACUGGCAUCAUUGUAAAAUGGUCUCUGUUCCUGGGCAUAUUCGGCCUCCUCGGCUUGUACCUAGGCUUUGGCUAUAUGCACGCUAAGAGCCGCCUCAAGAAGGGUCUCCUGCCCAUAAAAGGAACGAGAUGGUUGUGUAGUCGAGCACAGCUGGCGAGGGUGGACCCCAAGUACUCGGUCGCCGCCCAGACUCAAGGGUACUACACGUACCGGCCAGAGUACUACAACAUGCAGCCCAACAUGCCACCCCCGCCUCCGAUGUACGAUCCCAGCGCACCGAGGCCCCCAAUGUACGAAGGACCGCAGGGAGGCAGCAAAGUCGAUCCAAGUCAGGCUGCCGCCGCCCCCCCUCAUCCCGCCGCCCCUCCAUACCCGGGCCAGCAGCAGCAGUCUGGCGUUGCGCCUCAAGCGCCAGUUGCAACCAAUCUCACGGGGAGCAACAAUCCGUACAAUGGCAGGACAUGAUGGUGUGCAGAGAAGGGAGCAUGGUAGGGCUCACUGCCGCUAUAUGGGGUGCCGGGAAGAAUUGAGGUCAAAAAGCAGGGAAACCAGAUGCAAAUGUGUAUACUUUUUUCGAAAGAGUUCUGUUUGGCAUGGCGAACUGGGUGGUUUUUGAGAUGUCUGCCUGGACAGGGUCCGGCUUGUAUUCAUAUUGCGUUAUCCUGUAUACCUAUGACGGAUCACUUAACGACUUAUCACGAU